AUGCCCCUCAUCAAUAAUAUUCCUCAGCUGCAUAGUAUUUAUAUCUUUAAUGAUACUAAAAUCCUACCUGAAACAUUGAUAAAAAAAUCGCAAAAAAUCAAGAGUGUCCAUACCAACGUCGAUGACUUAUGCAAAGGAUUACAAUUGGGUAUUAAACAGUACCAUCAAGACUCAAUUGCUGUGAGUUUUAUUCCAAUAAAUGAAAUAGCUUCAACUGAUAAUUUAAACCAAUUGGAUCCAACAUUUAUGUACACUCAGCUAUUCAAAGAAAUUCUUCUUAAUAUGGAACAUAAUAGCCAGGCCAUCAAGGACUUUAUUACUUACUGUCGUCAGAAUAAUCCCGAGUCGUCAGACAAUAUUGACCGAUUUGAAAAAGAAUACAGUGUUCAAUCAGCUAUUUGGUGGUAUACUUACCCAUCAUUUAUUUAUUCUAUGCUCAACGAUAGUCUUCGCUCUAUGGAAGGUGAUACCAUUAUUAAUCUAGGUUUCUUUAUUCAUGAUCUUCAUCUUCAAAUUCAACAACUACACCAACAACAGGUUAAUAGUUAUCAUGGCAAACCAUUUUUAGUUUAUCGAGGACAAGGUCUAUCCAAAACAAAUUUUGAAAAACUACAAAAAACAAAAGGUGGUUUAUUGUCUUUCAACAACUUUUUGUCCACUAGUACAGACCAAGACAUACCUCUCAUAUUUACUUUAAGUGCGUCGGGAAAUGCGGAGACGGUCGGCAUUCUAUUUAUUAUGUCUAUUGAUCCUUCUAUAAAAUCAGCACCAUUUGCCGCCAUCGCUGAUCUGAGCUAUUUUAGAGAAGAAGAUGAAAUUCUCUUCUCGAUGCACACUGUCUUUCGACUGGUUGCAAUUAAACGAAUGGAUAAUAACAAUCAACUUUAUCAAGUUGAAUUACAAUUGACAUCAGAUGAUGAUCAACAAUUGCGAUUACUUACUGAUCGCAUACGAGAAGAAGCUGGUGGUGGCACUGCAUGGCAGAGAUUGGGUGGUUUAUUGAUUGAAAUCGGUCAAUUUAAUAAGGCUGAAGAACUUUAUAAUGUAUUACUCAAACAGACAUCUGAUGAGAGUGAAAAGCAGCAUUAUUAUAAUCAGCUUGGAGGUGUCCAUUGGAAUCAAGGUGAUUAUGAAAAGGCUAUUUGGUAUUUUGAACAACGAGCUGAAAUUCAACAAAAAACUCUUCCUUUAAAUCAUCCUAAACUGGCUACUUCAUACAACAACAUCGGCAACGUGUAUGAAAGUAUGGGAGAAUACUCGAAAGCACUUUCAUUUCACGAAAAAGCACUUGAAAUUCAAGAAAAAGCUUUUCCUUUAAAUCCUCCUGAAUUGGCUACUUCAUAUUACAACAUCGGUAGUAUGCAUAACAAGAUGGGAGAGUACUUGAAAGCACUUUCAUCUCACAAAAAAGCACUUGGCAUUCGACAAAAAAUUCUUCCCUCAAACCAUCCUGAUUUUGCGCAGUCAUACACCAAUAUCGGUUUGGUGUAUGACAAGAUAGGAGAGUACUCGAAAGCACUUUCAUUUUACGACAACGCGCUUGAAAUUUUACAAAAAAGUCUUCCCUACUAUCAUCAUACAUUGGCUACUUCAUACAACAACAUCAGUGGUGUGUAUAGCAACAUGGGAGAGUACUCGAAAGCUCUUUCAUUUCGCGAAAAAGCACUUGAAAUUCUACAAAAAACUCUUCCAUCAAAUCAUCCGGAUUUGGCUAUUUCAUACAACAACAUCGGUUUGGUGUAUGACAAGAUGGGAGAGUACUCGGAAGCACUUUCAUAUUACGAACAAGCACUUAGUAUUCAACAAAAGACUGCUGCUUCAAGUCAACCUGAUUUGGCUACUUCAUACAACAACAUUGGAUUAGCGUAUUAUAAUACGCGGGAGUACUCGAAAGCUCUCUCAUUUCACGAAAAAGCACUUGAAAUUCUACAAAAAACUCUUCCAUCAAAUCAUCCUUCAUUGGCUGCUUCAUACAAUAACAUCGGUUUGGUGUAUGACAAGAUGGGAGAGUACUCGAAAGCACUUUCAUUUUACGAACAAGCACUUAGUAUUCAACAAAAGACUGUUCCUUCAAAUCAACCUGAUUUGACUACUUCAUACAACAACAUUGGGUUGGCGUAUUGCAAUACGCGGGAGUACUCGAAAGCUCUUUUAUUUUACGAAAAAGCACUUGAAAUUCUACAAAAAACUGUUCCUUCAAAUCAUCCUUUGUUGGCUACUUCAUACAACAAUACCGGUGGUGUGUAUUAUAAUAUGAAAGACUAUUCGAAAGCACAAUCAUAUUAUGAACGCGCUCUGGACAUAUGGCAACGUGUAUUACCUCCAACUCAUCCUCAUAUAAAAAUUGCGAAAGAUAGUAUCGAAAUUAUAAAAAAGAAAUUAUAA